AUGGGUCCCUCAGAACCUGAGAGGGAAUCGGGGGGCCGGGGGGAGGACCUGGGGGCUCCGGGGGGAGGAAUUGGAGGUCCCAGGGGAGGUCAUGAGGGGCUGGGGGGACAAAUUGAGGGUUCUGGGGGGAGGACUUGGGGGUCCUGGGGGUCCCUGACAGCGACGUUGCCCCCUGUGCCCCCGCAGGGAGAGGUGUGCUCCGCCAUCACCAGCAAGUACAGCGAGUUCCUGCCCAGCGCGCGGAGCGCCGAGGAGCUGGUGUCGCAGGUGGACGGGCUGUCCGGCAGCAUCGAGCUGCUGAGGGCCGGCAUCGAGGAGCAGGUUCAACGAGACCUAAAUGUUGCAGUUGCUGAAUUUACUGAAUUGAAGCAGCAGCUGGAGCGAGACACACUGGUUUUGAGUAUUCUGAAAAAGCUACAAGAGUUUGAUACAGCUAUUAAAGAGUACAAUACUGCAUUGCUGGAAAAGAAGUAUGUUGUAGCAGCUCAACAACUGGAAAAGGCACGGAGCAGCCUGAAAAUGCUGGAGUCCCGCAAGGGCUUUGAGCUGAAGAUCCUGAAGGCGCUAGGCACAGAGCUCACAGUGCAGACACAAAAUAUGCUCUAUCAUCUAGGAGAAGAAUGGCAGAAAUUGGCUGUAUGGAAGCUUCCUCCUACAAAAGAAAGUAGCAGCCUGGAGUCAGUGAUGCAUUCCGAAUUGCACUUGUGUACGCUGCCAUCAAAAGAGGAAGAGAUUGCUAGCCAGCCUGUUGCUUCUGUGCUGCAGGCAUUUGCUGUCCUAGGAGAACUGCGCACCAAGCUUAAAAUUUUUGGCCAGUUGUUGCUGAAAUACAUCCUCAAGCCGCUGAUUUCAUACCCAUCUCUUCAGCCAUUCACAGAAGAACUGUCAGAUGUGGUCAUCCUACGUUUUAAGUGUGAGGAGCCUAACUUGGAUCAUUCCUCUCCUGUGGAGGUUUUUGACAAGAUCAAGCUCAUUCUGGAAGUUCUCCACAAAUACCUGCUGAAUGUGCCAGUCGAACAGUGUGUGGAAGACAAAAAGGAGUGCAGAGUGACACUGGCAGAACUGCUGGGUGAUAUGAUAUGGGAAGAGUUAUCAGACUGCCUCAUUCAGAACUGCCUAGUGAAUUCAAUCCCAACCAAUAGCAGCAAACUAGAGCAGUAUAUAGAGGUGAUUAAAUCCACAGAGGAAUUUGAAAAAGCCCUGAAGAACAUGCAGUUUUUGAAAGGAGACACGACCGAUUUACUGAAAUACGCUCGUAACGUCAAUUCCCACUUCGCCAAUAAGAAAUGUCAAGAUGUGAUUGUGGCAGCCAGAAACCUGAUGACCUCAGAAAUACACAAUACUGUAAAGAUCACACCUGAUUCUUGCGUAGCCCUACCAAAGCUUCCCGAUCCUGGGUCAGGAGAUCACUUGAAAAUGCAAAAAACAUCUAAACAACUUCCUAAGGAGAUGGUGAAUUUGGAGAAUGAGACUAAACUGAGCCAGUACACGUUCUCUUUGCCCACAUGCCGCAUCAGUUCAUCGGUGGAGAAACUGAUGGAACUGGCUUAUCAGACGCUGUUGGAGGCUACAGCCAGCACAGAUCAGUGCUGCAUACAGCUCUUCUACUCUGUACGGAAUAUAUUCCAGCUGUUUUAUGAUGUAGUACCAACAUACCACAAAGAGAACCUUCAGAAACUCCCCCAGCUAGCAGCUAUUCAUCACAACAACUGCAUGUAUAUUGCUCACCACUUGCUCACCAUGGGACACCAGUUCCGAUACCGCCUGACGAACAUCCUGUGUGACGGAGCAGCUACUUUUGUAGAUCUGGUACCUGGUUUUAGGAGACUCGGAAUGGAGUGUUUUCUGGCCCAGAUGCGAGUGCAGAAAGGAGAAAUCCUGGAGAGGCUGUCAAGUGCCAGGAAUUUUUCUAAUAUGGAUGAUGAGGAAAAUUACUCUGCAGCAAACAAAGCAAUAAGGCAGGUAUUGCAUCAGCUGAAAAGACUGGGGAAAGUUUGGCAGGAUGUCCUUCCAGUGAACGUAUACUGCAAGGCGAUGGGGACCUUACUGAACACAGCGCUGUCAGAGAUUGUCACUAGGAUUGCUGCCCUAGAGGAUAUCUCUGCAGAAGACGCAGACAGGUUGUACUCCCUCUGUAGGAUCAUGGUAGAGGAAGGACCCCAAGUUUUCACCCCGCUACCUGAGGAGGACAAAAAUAAGAAGUAUCAAGAGGAAGUUCCAGUCUAUGUGCAGAAAUGGAUGACAUUCAAAGAGCUGAUGAUCAUCUUGCAAGCUAACCUCCAAGAAAUAGUAGAUCAAUGGGCAGAUGGGAAGGGGCCUCUUGCAGCAGAAUUCUCCCCAGCUGAAGUGAAGAGUCUGAUACGAGCGUUGUUCCAGAACACGGAAAGAAGAGCAGCAGCGCUGGCCAAAAUCAAGUAACUGUUUGCUCCUAUAUGUUGUAUCUUCUGAUAAAGCAAGAAUGAACUGAGAAUCUUAGUUAUUUUUUGGAUUUGAUCCUUCUUGUACUGGACUACAAAAAGCUUGGCAUUAGGUGUGUGCUUCCUGGAGGCUUGACUAAGGGAGGAGAAAAAAUUCCUAGCUCGCUGUCAGCAGGGCAAAGAGGAUGGCUCUGUGAGUCUAAGAACAGGAAAUCAGAGGUGGGUAACACAUGGGCGCUAACUGCAGCUGCUUCAUCUGCUACACACAGGGAGUUUGGGCUUGAAAAUUCAACUUCUUGCCCUGCUCCCUGGAGGUGUCAUGCCUGGAUUGUAGUUGUGCUUUAUCAGCUGGUGGGUAUACAGUCGGGGUGAAGAAGAGAUGCUUUUUGGGAUGUUUGCUAGAUUCCAUCUUCCUGUAAGCCCAGCAUAGGCCAAUAAAUCCAGUUCUUUUUCCAAACUCUUUGUGAGCCUGAGCACUGCUGGCACGUGGGCCUCUCAUGCAAGGUGCUGUACAAUGUCAUCUCAAGCUUGCUUGCUUAAGGGUCUCGUAGAGGGAUUGUUAUUUCUCACUUGUGAGUCUUACCUAUGCACUUCUACAUCAGGGGACGUGUACCCCCUUUGUGUCUUACCUCUUCUGUCUCUGCUAAGUACAUAUGAAACCCACACGUGGUGGUAGCUUUUGGUGUCCUUCUAACAAUGCUGAAGUGCCAAAUUUUGCUCUUACCCACCCGUUUUGUUCAGGUUUCCCUAAAGAACAGGCCUCAAAAAGAGUGAAAAUUUUAUGGGGGGGGGAGGGGGGAGGAAACCCUGUUCCAAGUGAAAUGUUUACUGAGUCAGAGUGUUUUGCACAAGUGGCAAAAUUCCUCAUGGCUUUAUUUCUCGUGGGAACUAUCUUAAAACUGAAUUACAAGUUUUCAAGCUGACUUUGCCAGCUGUGGAAGCCAGUUCAGGUCCUUCCUUUACCUUUUGAUUUGUGUAUGAAUUAAGUAGAUCUGGCAUCUAUUGUCUUUUUGAUAGUAACUUUACUGUACUUUAAGAAUGAUAUAAGUGCUAGUAAAUACAAGAAGGGAAUUAAAGGGAAUUAAGUGUGCACUUAAUGCAUUAAGUUACAAAAGGCUAUUUGAGACUUCAA